GAAUGUAUGGUGAAAGGCUAGCGCUUCCUUGCUUGUAUCCAGGGCCUUUGUGAAUAAACCAUGGGAUGUAUCGGCUCUCGAACCCUCACAGCAGAUGGAGUUCCCGUGCAGAAGGAUGGGGAACAGCAUGGCCGAGCAGACUUUUCAUGGGAUGGAAUCAAUUUGUCUAUGGAGGACACAACCUCAAUCCUCCCUCGGCUGAAGAAGCAGAACUCCAACGCCUAUGGAAUCGGCGCUCUGGCUAAGUCCUCUCUGACAGGUGUGUCAGGAGUGUCUCGCUCUAUGAAGGACAAGGUGACAAAGCCGACAGCGAUGGCCCAGGGGCGCGUGGCUCACAUGAUUGAGUGGCAGAGCUGGGGCAUGCAGACGGUGGGCGUGGGGGGCACAGGAGCGGGACGCACCUCCAGUCUGCACCUCCAACAAGAGCGCAAGCUGGAGAAUGACGCAUACAGCGACCUCAGUGACGGAGAGAAGGAGGCUCGCUUCGCCGCAGGUGUGCUUCAGCAGUUUGCGAUCUCUGAGGCGACGCUGCUGGCCUGGACCUCUAUGGACGGCGACAGCACAAGCGUUGGAUCUAAUCAGGGGAGCGUAGCCCACCUGAGCGAGGCCAACCAGGAAAGCAUCACCAGCCGAGACCAGAUAGUGCACCAUUCCUCUGCAGAGGUGUGGCCUCACAAUUACGUCUCCCAGGGUCUUUACUGCCUUUCUUCCUCUGAUGCUUGGGAGCCAAUUAGUAAUGAACAGUCAGGUGUGGCCUCUCCUGCCACCGGUUCAUAUGUCAUGGCUGUCGGGACUGAGGGAGGAUAUGACCCAAAUGCAGCAGCUCACUUCCUGUCCCAACAGCAACAGCAGCAGUACCAGUUACAGCAGAUCCAGCACCUGCAGCAGAUCCAUCAAUACCAGCAGCAACAGCUCCUGCAGUAUCAACAACAGCAACAGAUGUUGGAGCAAAGACUACAGAGUUCCACUCAGUCUUUACAAGCUACUCCCAACAGCACCAUCCACAGCCUGCCGCCCCUCACUCACCCGCCAUUAGUGGAUCUGUGGGGGGCAGCGCAGACAGAGGCCUAUCAGGCAGACAUGGUGGGCUACAUGGGUAUGCCUGUAGCAGUAGAUGGAAAUCUAACAGCCCCCACAGAGGAGGUGACGACAGAUCACUCACCUUUACUGGAAGCCCAGGAAGAGGAAGAGAUCAAAGAGGAAGAUAUUACGUUAUGUAUGGAACCAGAACCAGUGACAUUAAUUCCAUCUCCAGUAACGCAGAGAGAGGAAGUGACCUCAAUGGGAGGAAGCAGUCCAGGUCAAGCCCCUGGAGAAUUCAGCACAGAGCGCAAGGCGUCUGAUGUCUCACCGUCUGUAAUUGAAGAGCUUGAGGAAAAAGAGGAGGAGUCUGAAUCGUCGCCUGUAGACGUCACGGCAGCCAACUAAUUGGCCGGCAUGAGACUUGAGCUUGUUUUGACAUUUCAGUCAGCAUACUCAAACAAUAUCAACUCCUAUUUCAGGAAUCAAACACCAUUGUGAUGGAAUUCAAGUGACUGCUCGAACCCAAAAUGGAAAAGCAGAACUGAAAUGACUGCACUGCUUACGUGAAAACUAUGAUUUAUUUUUUGUAAGCCUUAUAUUAUGGAUGUCUGAAAAAGGAAGGCACAGAAUGGGAAAUCCUUGGGACUGAGAAAGGAGAGAAUGAGGAAAACCAAGUUGGAGGUAUGUAAUUCAGGAUGAUAAAUAUGAAGAACAUUCGGUUAAAUAUGUGCAUGCUUUUACAAGGAGUGAUGGCACUCGUUAUUCAAAAUAAAGAAACUAUAGUUAAUAAACCAUAAUGAUGAUAAUAAUAUGAUUAUUUUCUAAGAAAACAACAAAAAAUGAAAUAUAUAAUUGUAAAAUAGACAGUAACACAAGUUUUUACAACCCAUGCCCUUCAGAAUUUCAGUUCCCACACACCAUAAGAGAUCAAAUACACUCAAUACAACACAAAUGAUCCCUUUUCCUCUUCAGUUUUCACCCUGUUUACUUCCAAACACAAUCCUUUAUAUAUAAAAAACAAGAUUUGGCAGUUUAUGACACUGCUGGGAGAAACACUGGUUCAAUACAGAAGUUUCUGUGCUGUGAAACAUAAAAAUCAAUUAACUGAAACAAACCACUACACACUUCUGUCGGCUGUGUAUUCAAUAUGUAAGUAUGUAUUCAAACCCUCAUUAACUCAAGCCAAUAGAUG